UCAUAAUACUUAAAUCUUUAAAAUUUGAAUUAUGUGUUGAAUGUUAUCAACUAUGCAUUACUAGUAUCACUCUCUUCUUACUUGCCCCUCUCUUCACAUUCUUAAUCUAUCCUUCAUUGAAAUUGGAACGUCUAUACAGUUGAUAUGCGGACUCUUCAAUUUGUAGACUUUUGUUGAUGAAAUGGUAUUUUGAGAGUUGUGCAGCUUGCCCUUGAGCCUUGGCGACUUAAUCAACGUACAAUGUUUGGAUGCUAGAGAAUCAAGUAAGCUAACAGAAAUACCAUUCGACGUGCUCAAAUUGAUGGGAGAUACUCCUUGUAUUUUAUGUACUUUAUUAGUAGAUUCGAGAUUGAUGCUCAUUUAUAUUGAAUUUGCUAAGAAGGAUAUUUUAUUGCAAUUUUAGAUAUGCUUUAUGAAAUCUUCGAUUGUUCCUUUGAUUUUGAAUGAUUUUUUAUUAUUAACAGGAGCAUUUUGAUAAAUUUAGUGAUCGAUUGAUAUAGCAUUGCAACGGGUUCUAAUCUGAACACUACGAUUGGAUUUGCUGGUCUCUGACUUUUAUGGCUCUUUUCUAGAUAGUAGCCCAAUCUGUUGCCGGCCCAUAUCAUCAACAACAGUUGACUCGUUCAUUUUUCAUUUUUCUUUUUGUAUUAUUGUUAGAAAGACUUUCAUAUCGUCGUCGUCGUCUCCCGCCGGUCAACUCCAUUACCCGCGUGUACCAUCACUUCCAUUCCAUCUCCGACUUCCUCUCUUGCUUGCUCAGUCGUCGUCAAAUUCUCUUUCAUUCAUCCACCCCUAACAAUGGAAGUCAUCGGAAGCGCACUACUCUCCGCCGUUUUCGAGCAGCUCAUGGAAAAGCUCGCGUCUCGAAGCUCCCUCAGCUUCGUCCGCGAGACCCAAGUCCUCAACAAGCUGAAGAAAUGGGAAGGCAUGCUCGCCGCCAUCCACGCCGUGCUCGACGACGCCGACGAAAAGAAGCUCGAGAACGAGUUCGUCGGGAAAUGGGUGAGCAAGCUCCACGAUUUGGCCUUCGAUGUCGACGACUUGCUCGACGAGUUCGCCGCCGAGGCUCAACGCCGCCGGGAACCAAAGCAGCAGAAGAAGAAGAGAAGCAAGGUAAUAAGGAAGUUCCUCCCUUCAAUAUCCGGGUUCCGGUUCAAUUCCGAGAUGGAUUCGAAGAUCGAGCAGGUUUCGGGUCGAUUGCAGCAGUUAAUUGAAGAGAGAAAUGUGUUGGGUUUGGGCGAGACUGUAGCAGGAAAGGGGAAGAGCAUGAAGAAGAAGAAGAAGCAACUCCCGCCGCCGACGACUUCACUGGUCAACGAGGCUACGAUUUGGGGUAGGGAGAAGGAUAAGGAGGCCGUAAUGGCACUGUUGAGGAUGGAAGAAGGAGAAGAUAAUGGAAGGAAGAGAUUCUCUGUAGUUUCAAUUACUGGGAUGGGUGGUAUUGGAAAGACUAGUCUAGCACAACUGGUUUACAACGAUGAAUCAUUGUCAUCGGAGUUCUCAUUCAAAGCUUGGGUAUCUCUGGGUGGAGAUUUCGACCCAGAAGCGAUAACCAGAACGAUUCUUGAUGGUUCCCCACGAGGUGGUGAGGAUCUGAACUUCCUUCAGCUGAAAUUGAAGGAGAAGCUGUUGGGGAAGAAGUUUCUGAUUGUACUAGAUGAUGUUUGGACACACAGGUACACAGAUUGGACUCUCCUCUGCAACCCUCUCGAAUUCGGGGCACCGGGGAGCAGGAUCAUCGUCACCACUCGUCUUCAAGAUGUGGCGAAAAUGGUUGGCACGCCUGCAGGUGAUCAGGGCUAUGCCCUCCGGCAGCUCGAGUAUGAUGACUGUUUGUCUGUGUUUCUUUACCAUGCUCUGGACGCGUCGAACUUUGAUGUCCAUCCCGGUUUGGAAGAGUAUGGGAAAGCGAUUGUUCGAAAAUGUAGAGGCCUUCCUUUAGCAGCUAAGGUCAUCGGAGGGCUUCUACGCGGCGAGCAUAAUGUCGAUGUGUGGCAAGAGGUGUUGAGGAGCUCGUUGUGGGAGUCUUCUGUGGUGAAGACCAACAUUCUUCCUGCAUUGAUGCUUAGCUAUGAUCAUCUUCCUUCGCAUUUGAAGCUGUGCUUCGCUUACUGUGCCGUGUUCCCCAAGGGUUAUGUGUUUGAUGAGGAAGAGUUGGUUCUGCUGUGGAUGGCUGAGGGCUUCCUGCAACAACAACCAAAGAAUAACAGCAAGCACCCGAAAGAACUGGGGCAUGAGUACUUUCGUGUGCUCGUUUCACGAUCGUUCUUUGAACAAUCUGGUGCCAGCACCGCAUCACAGUACGUGAUGCACGACAUGAUCAGCGACUUGGCACGAUUCGUGAGCUCUGGCAUCUGCUCCAACUUGGAUGAUUUCCACUGCGAUGAGUCCAGAGUUCGGCACUUGGCAUUUGCACAGCGGUACUACGACAGUUGGCUGAGAUUUGGGAUAUUGGAGAAGACCAAGCACUUGCGAACAUUUCUCCCCGUUGGAUUGUCACAACAUUCCAACUCUUAUUACAUAUCAACGAAGGUGGUUCAUGACUUUGUUCCCAAGCUGAAACGCUUGAGGGUCUUGUCAUUUGCUCGUUACAAAGUGAAGGAGUUGCCUGAUACGAUUGGUGGCUUAAAGCAUCUGCGCAUGCUGAAUCUGUCCUUCACCGAUAUUGCAACGUUGCCAGAGUCGACAGGCAAGCUCUUCAAUCUGCAGACUUUGCUACUAAAAGGGUGCCGAGAGCUAAGUACCUUGCCCUCAAGCCUUGGUGACUUGAUCAACUUAGAAUGUCUGGAUGUCAGAGGAGCAAGUAAACUAUCGGAGAUACCAAUCGAGGUGCUCAAUCUGCCAAUGCUCAAGUUCCUUCCCGUGUUCAUGGUAUCUGCAGCAGAAAAUGGCAUUGGGAUAUCUAAGCUGUCCAAGUUUAAUCCAUUGCAAGGUCCGUUCUUAAUAGAAGGGCUCCAUAAUGUGUUGAAUGCUAGGUACUCAGAGCUUGUGGGUCUAAAGGUGAAGAAGGCGAUUGGAGGGUUGGUGUUCGACUGGUCUGGUGAUCCUGAUGAUUCGUCCCGUGAUGGAACCAUCGAUUUCCAAGUACUCAAGUCACUCGAGCCACAUGUCGAUGUCUUGGGAGUCAAGAUUCACAGUUACGGUGGCUCGAAACUACCAGGAUGGAUGGGGGACUCAUCAUUCUCUAACUUGAUGACCCUAUCAUUCGUACAUUGUCAGCGGAUCACAUCCUUGCCUCACCUGGGGAAACUUGCAUCACUGAAGAAGCUCGUGAUAGUCGAAUGUUCCAACCUGGUUGAAUUCCCUACUAAUCUUCCAUCUCUCAAUGAACUAUGCAUUCGAGGAUGCCGAGCAAUAGUUCUCCAAGCAAGUAAUGUGGAUGAUGGUAGUGUUGUAUUACCUUCACUUGUUACCUGCAGGAUAGAGAGGAUUGCAGGACUUUUAACUUUGGAUGAAACAUUCCUACAAGACUUUCCCACACUAGAGAAUCUGGAGAUCAGAGGGUGCCCCAACUUAGAAUGUUUGUGGUAUGGUACAAGCAAUUCGGCUCAUCCGAUUAGCCUGACAAGCUUAGCUGUAUGGGAUUGUGCCUCGCUUGUCUCAUUGACAGGGUUGGAACAUGAGACAUUAUUGCCUCGCAGCCUCGAAACUCUGAAGAUCAGGGCCUGUCAUCACCUGAAGAAGUUGACCUCCCAUUUCGACAACCUUACUUAUCUCAGCGUCUUGCACAUCCUGGACUGCUCCAAUUUGACAUCCUUUUUCUCAAGUGGUGGUGGUAGGCAACUGCCCGGAGGGCUCCAGGAACUUGCCAUCCAAGGUUGUGGCUCGUUAGAGUCGUUACCUAUGGUCCCUCAUGGUCACAAUGCUCGUCUCGAGAAGUUGACUAUCGAGAUGCCUGUGUCUCUCAAGCAGCCAUGGAUCCCGAAAGGGGAGUUCCCAGAGUCGCUUAAGUACAUCGAGAUAACGAAAUGGACCUCGCUGUUACUGCAGCGACUGCAGCAGAGCAAGCUCCCACAGCUCACCAGGCUCGUGAUGGGAGACAGCCCCGACGUGCAAAGCACUCCAGACUUGUACCAGUGGAACCUGUUGCUGUCCACUCCCAGUGCUGCCUUGACUGAGCUCCACAUUUGGGGUUGUGAUAACCUCACCAGUCUACCCGAUCAGGCCAUGCAGACGCUCACCUCGCUCCGAAGUCUGUACUUAUUCGGAUGCGAGAACCUGGAGCUUCUUACUCAUGGUGGACGAGGUUUACCUUCGAGCCUGGACUUCCUUCUGGUCGAUGAGUGCCCCGCUUUGAGACAACCCAUCUCAGAGUGGAGGCUCUACACUCUAACUUCACUCCACCAGCUCACGAUCAUCGGACCAAACCCUGCAACGGACAUGGUCAGCUCCCUUCCAGAUGACGAUGAUGGUGGUGGAGGAAGCCGCCUGCUGCUGCUGCCGCCGUCCCUAACACAUCUUACAGUGGUGGGGUUCAAGAAUCUGAGAUCCAUAUCUUCAGGAGGCAUUCACACCCUCACCUCUCUUCAGCAGCUGUCCAUUGAGGGCUGCUUUCGCCUCCAGGACUUCCCCAAGAGAGGCUUCCCUCCCACACUUGGGAGCUUGUGGAUCUACAAAUGUCCUUUGAUUGGUAGAAAGUGCUUAAGAGAGAAAGGAGCUUAUUGGCCCAUCCUCAAAGACAUUCCACACCUGAAUGUACGUGACUGAUCAGUGGAAUCAUCCAUGCCAAAGAAGGUUUGCUUCUUAUUGUACGCUAGAUGCUUGAGCUCAGUGACCCAAUUUUUCACGAAGUCACUCGAGAUCUGCUUCUCUUCCGCAUCGUCGAGUACGGCGUAGAGGACCUUCAGCAUCCUCUCCCAUUUCUUAAGUUUUUCAACGACUUGAGCUUCUCUGAUGAAACUCGGGAUAGCUCGAGAGUUCAGCUUCUUGAUCAGCUGAUCGAAUAUGGCAGAGAGGAAAGCAGUUCCGAUCGCUUCCAUGGCGUUGAAGAAAGGGAGGGAAAUGUU